GCGCGGGGCAUGCUGGGUCGGCUGGGCCCGGCCGCGGUGCACUGUGGGUCCGCUCGGCUCCCGCAGGAGGCGGUGGCGGAGCCUGGAUCAGGCCGGAGCCCGGGGGGGUCUGAGGCCCGGAUCCCCCCGGCACGGAGCGGGGACCCCCGGGAUGGGAGACCGCGGCCGCGACUGCAGGAGCCCCGACAGUUCGUCUCUGAGCUCAUCACCCCCACCGGAGCUCUCGGCCCCACUUCACCCCUCCAUGAUCAGCUCGGCCAUGACCUCCUCCAUCAACUCGCCCGUCAGCAGUUUGGGCUCCCCCUUCCCCGUCAUCAGCUCGUCCCUGGGGUCCCCUGGGCUCCCAGCCACGCCCUCCAGCGGCUAUGGCCCCGUAAGCAGCCCCCAGAUUAACUCCACUGUGAACCUGUCGGGCAUGCACUCCGUCAGCAGCUCGGAAGACGUCAAGCCCCCCCUGGGCGUGCGGGGUCUGCCGUGCCACCCCCACGGUGGCAUGAUGCCGGGGAAGCGCCUCUGUGCCAUCUGUGGGGACAGAUCAUCAGGGAAGCACUACGGCGUGUACAGCUGCGAGGGCUGCAAGGGUUUCUUCAAGCGCACGAUCCGCAAGGACCUGACCUACACGUGCCGGGAUAACAAGGACUGCAUCGUGGACAAGCGCCAGCGUAACCGCUGCCAGUACUGCCGCUACCAGAAAUGCCUGGCCACUGGCAUGAAGAGGGAAGCGGUGCAGGAGGAGCGGCAGCGGGGGAAGGAGAAGGACGGCGAGGGGGAUUUUGCAGGCGGUGUGAAUGAGGAGAUGCCGGUGGAGAAGAUCCUGGAGGCAGAGCUGGCCGUGGAGCAGAAAUCGGACCAAAGCGUCGAUGGCUCUGGCACCGGGGGCAGCUCGCCAAACGACCCGGUGACCAACAUCUGCCAGGCGGCCGACAAGCAGCUCUUCACGCUGGUGGAGUGGGCCAAGCGCAUCCCUCACUUCUCAGAGCUGCCUCUGGAUGACCAGGUCAUCCUGCUGCGGGCGGGCUGGAACGAGCUCCUCAUCGCGUCCUUCUCGCACCGCUCCAUCUCGGUGAAGGACGGGAUCCUGCUGGCCACGGGGCUGCACGUGCAUCGCAACAGCGCCCACAGCGCCGGCGUGGGGGCCAUCUUCGACAGGGUGCUGACUGAGCUGGUCUCCAAGAUGCGGGACAUGCGGAUGGACAAGACGGAGCUCGGCUGCCUCCGGGCCAUCAUCCUCUUCAACCCGGAUGCCAAGGGGCUGUCGAACCCUGGGGAGGUGGAGCUGCUGCGGGAGAAGGUCUACGCGUCUCUGGAGUCCUACUGCAAGCAGAAGUAUCCCGAGCAGCAGGGCAGAUUCGCCAAGCUGCUGCUGCGCCUACCGGCCCUGCGCUCCAUCGGGCUGAAGUGCUUGGAGCAUCUCUUCUUCUUCAAGCUCAUCGGGGACACCCCCAUCGACACCUUCCUCAUGGAGAUGCUGGAGGCCCCCCACCAGCUGUCCUGAGCCCCUGGCCGGCCACACGAGAGCGGCGCAGACUGCGGCGGCUCCCCGGCGCCCACCGCUGGACUGGGGGGCUGCGGACUCUUUGGGGGGCUGCCAGGAGAAGGCCCUGGGGGUAGCGUUGUCAGUUGCGUGUUGGGGCCCCCUGGGCGUACCCCCUUUCCCCAUCCCUGGUUUGGGAGCCCCCUAGGGUGUACCCUGUGUGCCUGCCUAGAGCUGGGGUGGCCCCAGACCGCUCCCCAGGGGUGGACCAUGGGGUGUACCUCGUUCCCCCAGUUGCUGGCACCCCCUCGUCCGUAGUGGGGUGCCCUGGGCUGACCUCCCAGGCUCCCUCAGUGCUGUGGCACCCCAGUAUCGGUGUGCUGGGGGGCAGCAAAGCUAGAGAUUUCAGGUAGGGGGGUGAGAGGAGCCCCCCCAAAUUCCCCACUGUAAAAUAAUCCCCCGUCUCCCCCUUCUCUCGGCAGGGCAGUGGGACCCCCCAUGACAUGGGAAGCCUGGCACAGCCCCUCACCUUGUGGGGGGACCUGGCCUCACUCCCUUCAGGGGUUCCUGGCAUGGCCCCCUUCCCCUGUCUGGGGGGGUCUUCUGGCGAAAUCCCCCUCGAGUGCUCCUGUGAGGAAUGGCUGUGUGUGGAGAGACUCCUGUGCUGUUGGUGGUUGGGGGGAGGGGUCUGUGUCAUUGCUGACCCCGCCCCCCGCGCCCGUGGGGGCUGUUACCUGCCCUGGGGGGGUCAUUCUUGGGUGGGGGCCAGCUCAUGUCUGUCAUUAGUUCUCAAACCCGCCCCCCCCGCCUCCUUGCCAUUCUGCCAGGGGAGGGGCAGUUCCUGGUGGGGGGCUUGGGGGAUUGUGCCCCGCUUGCCCCCCCAACCCCCAUUUCUCAGGCACCCGGUUAGCACUUUGAAUCGACACCCUGCGCCCCUCCCCCACCUCAAACUAUGCAGCAGAUACCAGACCCCCCCCCCUCCCCCUCCGGAGUCCAGACUGCAGCCUCCCCCAGCCACACUGACCAUGAGCUCUCCCGUGGGGGUGGGGGGUUAUUGUAGGUCCUACAGCCUCGGGGGGGGGGGGGUCUGUGGCUGUGAGCCGGCGCUCAGACCCCUGGUGAAUUGGGGGUGGCAGGAAUGUCACCCCCCCAUUUGCAGGGUCUGGGGGGCACUCCUGCUUGGACAGUUUGUUUGAGUUGCUGUGGGGGGAGGGGUGUGUCGGUGGGGGCCCUGCCUUAGCAGCGCCCCCCUUGCGCUCGGCCCUUCUCCUCGCCCGCCCCUCCCCCGUUAUUUUCGCUUUUAUUAUUAUUAACACCCCCCCCCCAUUGCUUUGGAGUUACAGUGAUUAAAGCUGCUGCUUCUCAACCA